AUGAGUUUUAUUAAAUUAAUAAAUCGAAAUCGCUCACAAGAUCGUAAAUCAGAACAAUUGUCAAUCGCAAGUAUUUCGUCACAUAUUCCUCAGAUGACGACUGGCAAAAGUGAUGAAAAUCUUUUUCUUACACAAGCGCUCGCAACAAUGAGUGCAACACCAGAUUUAGAAAGUUUUCUUCAAGCAAUACCGAUGACGACAACUCGGCGUGAAAAACGCAGCCGAACAAUUUGCCAGCCAAAAGGAACAACUUCUUACACUAUACGUGACGGUGACACUUUAGAAAAGGUGGCACUUCGAUUUAAUUCAACACCGUCUGAAUUACUUCAACUCAAUAAACUGAGUACACGAACCGUCUUUCCCGGACAAACAUUGUACGUGCCAGAAGAAUGCCAAACAGACAAUGCGCAUCAACAAGAAUCCAGUAACAUCACACCUUCUGUCACUCCUCUUUUGGCAAAUUCCCCACAACCUAAAUCUAAAGAUGGUGAUUCAUUUGUUCUUCUUGCACAUCGCCGUCUAAUGAGCGAUCCUGCUAUUGCUUCCCUGUCUUCUGCUCCCUCUCAGCCAGAUGUCGGUUCUAUGGUUUGGUCCUUAGCUCGACAAUCCACUGCGCGACCAGGUCACGUACAACGAUUGCAAAGUGACACAGGUUCUGAAAGUGAAGUGACAUCGAAAACGAUGAAAAAUCAAGAAGUGAUUCAUCCUGAUGACAAUAGUAAAAGUGCGCUAGUGUCGCAAACAUCGCCAACGCUAGAUGAAAAUCAUCACUUGGACGACGAAUGUUUACAACGUUUCAUCAAGACUAAUGUUCGGCUGAUGACCGAAGAUCAUCAAAGUAUAGCAGGAACUUUACUUGUUACACCGAAUGCAGUUAUGUUCGACCCAGAUGUUCUCGAUCCACUAGUCAAAGAACAUGGCAUUGAACAAUAUGGAUUGAUAGUAAGAAUGGAUCUUCUUGCUGGUAUUGCAUUGUACGAUGAUAUUUCAAUCUAUGGACACGAACCAACUUUUCAUGAGGAAGGAAAACGAAAGAUGUAUCAUUCUACAAGUAUCAAACACGCUCAAUGCUGCCCAGAAAAACCAUUGCUAAGUUCCGAUGAAGAAGAAAUUCGACAUCUAAUGUCAUCGUUACUUGACAGAAUUGAAAAAGAAUUGAAUUCAUCUGAUACACACUUUGUGCUAUUCGAUGCCACAUCAUCGAAAAUGCAACGUCAUCUAUCUAAAACUUCUUCUAAUCAUACGUGUGAAACUGAUGAUGAAGCAUUUGCUUCAUCUGCAAGAACAGAUAGCUUUUCGGAUGAUUCAUUUCAUCCAUUCGACGAAUAUAAACAUUCUCUUGGAAUUUUACUUGAUGAGAAUGAAAAAAAUGUAAAUAAAACGCUGAAUCGAAUACCUUCACAGGUGUGCCAUGUAUUCGACUGGACAAGAUUUCGACGUGCAGUGAAAGUCAAAAAAGGAUGCCAUUUGGAGAAUUGUGUUUCGCUCGAUCAAUGUAAUAAACGUUUUGAUGAAAUCGAUAAGUUAUUGUAUCAGCAACAACAAACUUAUGGAGCUCCACCUCCGAUUGAAAUUCCUUAUUAUUUAUGUAUAAAAGUUAGUGUACAUGUGGACGAUAUUCCUUCUCUACGAGCUCGACAAUGCAAGAGACCUUCGGAAAAAACUGUUGACACUAUUUAUGGGAAAAAGCAAUUGGAACAGGAGUACUGGUUUUCCGUACCGAAAGAAAAGAUCGAUCAGCUGUAUAGAUUUUUCCUUCGAUGGAAACCUGAAUAUGAACUCGAUGCAUUGCAUGAUGAUGAACCUCAAUCGGCUAACACUGAACAAUCGAAGCAGACACGUCAAUCUUCGAACAAAGGCUUUGUUCUUCUCGCUAAUGAUGAUCCCGAAUUAUGUGACGAUUAUGUGGCAUCAAAAGAUUCGAAAACAACCAGUAAACAACAAAAGAAACCGCACUACUUAAAACGACAAAAUACGUUGUUAAAAGAAUGGGAGAUCAUCAGUGUCGAUGAAAUUUAUCGCCGAUUCAAUGCCACGCAUCCCAACGACCCACAUAUGUUUAAUCUUGGUAUACCCAUACCAAAACUUCUUCAACCAUCAGCACUACUCAACGCAGAACAUACACAAAAGAUUCUUAUUGAACUACCAGCUCGUCUUCAUAGUAUGGAUUGGUGUAUGGUAUUUAGCACCGAAGCACAUGGAUUUAGUCUAAGUCAAUUAUACCGACGAUCAUUAGAAUUCGAUUCUGAUAUGCCUGUAUUAGUUGUUGUAAAAGAUGUUGAACAAAAUAUAUUUGGUGCUUUUGUACCGCAUCAGUUGAUUGUGAAAGAUGGUGUUUAUGGCACGGGAGAGUCGUUUCUAUUUACACUUUUUCCUGAAUUUCGGGUAUUCAACUGGUCAGGUGGUAAUGAGUUUUUUGUUAAAGGUGAUCUUAACUCAAUUGGUUUCGGUGUUGGAGAAGGUACUUAUGGCUUAUGGUUCGACGCUGAUUUGUAUCACGGUCGAACGUGUCCUUGUAAAACAUUCAACAAUGACUGUUUGUCAUCCAAUGAAGAUUUCAUAAUUGCAAGUAUCGAAGUUUGGACAUUUACCGACUGA